ACCAUGGUACUGCACCAGGGGAUUCAAAUACGGAAGUAAACAAAGCGAAGACAAAACCAAAGACAAAACUAAAUACUAAAGCUGCAAGACGAGAAUUCUCGUACAAUAAAGAAGAUGCACUUUCUGGGGCAAAGGAGAUAUUGAUUGCCGCUAUGGAUAAGUUGCUGGCAAAGGACUAUAUUAAAGUGGGAGUGUUUGUCGGUGCCAUUGUCGUUCUGCAGGGUGUUAUUUCAGCUCUACAAAACGGUGCAACAGAAUAUCCAGAUAUAAUGCAGAAUGCAAUGAUUUCUGUAAUAGAAAUCCUAUGGCCAGCCAUUGUAGCUGGCGAUAAACUGCUCUUCAGCUGUUCACGCAGAGAAGCAAUUUACAGAAAGUACCAUGAAGUAAGACUCUCUGCUACAUUGAAACGUGCAUUAUUAACAUUGUGUGAACAUGUAAACCAAAAGGCCAAUAACUCUCAAAGAGCGUAUCUUGUUAAUGCAAUUUUUGAAGAGAUAUUGUUACGACGGGAGAAAAUUUAUAAACAUGACAACACCCCUGUGAUGAAGAUGGAUAUCAUAGGGGGAAAU